AAUCAAAUUCCUUGAUUAAGUUGGCCGCCAUAUUGAAUUUGCACCUGCACCCUCGCGAAGAUAAGCUUAUUUAUACAUAUUUGUUUGAAAACAUGGUUUAAGAAACACUGAAGACUUCUGCGGCGGUAAGGUAGUUGCAGAAUGGUCCCUUAUUGUACACUGCCUUCAUCGAUAGCAAGGCCUUUCAUGAUACACCACAACGUCAACGGCGAGAAUUGAGCGGUAGGAUUUCUUUGUCGUUGUCACCGCCCGGUGUUUGUAAAGAUGGGAAACAAGGUUGCUUGCUGUGUUUAUAGUACCCCAAAAAGCAGCAGAAAGAAAUACGAGGAACGAUACCAACCGGCUGAACCUGAGAGUUCACCAAAUCAGCCCAAUGCAACUAACUUACAGCACAUUAGCGAGAGGGAGCCUGAAGAGACAGAUGGUGAUCCAUCAAAUCAUCCUACAACUGGGACACUAUUUCUGUCAAGAUCAAAAGCAGACCUGCAAAAAUUAGCAAACGCCAAAGUGAAUCGUCGCAAAAGUCAAUAUGAUAACCAUGUUCACAACCAUGGCAAGUUGCACAAAAAAUACAGCUCUUGUUCUACGAUCUAUCUUGAUGACUCCACGGUUACCCAGCCUAACCUUAAAAAUACAAUCAAAGCCGUAGCAUUAGCCAGUUAUUUACAUAUCAAGAACAGAGACAAAACAAACAAUCAUGUCCAUUUAGAUUCAAAAUUUCUAGAGACAUUUGAUGAGAAACUUCACCCCUUGACGCGUGAUACUGUUCCUGAUGAUUAUGAUCAAAGGGACCCUGAACAUAAAACUAUCUAUCGAUUUAUCAGGACAUUAUUUAGUGCUGCACAGUUAACAGCAGAAUGUGCCAUUGUAACCUUGGUGUACUUAGAGCGGCUGCUAACUUAUGCAGAGAUUGAGAUGCACCCAGGGAACUGGAAGCGAAUGGUGCUUGGUGCAAUAUUGCUGGCCUCGAAGGUUUGGGAUGACCAGGCAGUGUGGAACGUGGACUUCUGCCAAAUUUUAAAGGACACGUCUGUAGAGGACAUGAAUGAGCUGGAGCGUCAGUUCCUAGAACUACUUCAGUUCAACAUUAAUGUUCCCUCCAGUGUGUAUGCCAAGUAUUAUUUUGAUCUGCGGUCACUGGCAGAUGCUCAUGAACUCAGUCUGUCAUUUGAAGCUCUGAGCAAAGAAAAGGCUUUGAAACUAGAGGCAUUGUCAAGUGUGUGUCAGGAUAGAUUGAAAGACUCCAUCAAAACCACUUUGAAGCGGACGCAUAGUUUGGAUGGACUGACCAGUUUGAAAAGAAGCAGCAAAGCAAUAUUGUCUUGACAUCUUGGUGAUGAUCUACAGGGAAAAGAGUGAGGACCAAGGAAGAGUCAGCUGUAUAUGACCAGUCAGGACUGAGUCCAUAAUGCCGGCCAAAGGAGUUUGGAUUUGGGAGGAUGCAAUAUCCCAAUAACACUGUAAUAUCUCAUGCUCAUUUCGAUUGUCAACAGUGUUCAAAGAACAGAUAGUAGUCCAUGUUUACAAAAAUAAAUUCCCCUUCUUUCUUGUAGCUCAUAGGCCACAUAAACCCUGACAGGCAUUUUAGAAGGUAGUACUGUUCUUCAUUGUAGGGCACAUUUUAAAUUGUAACAUAGUUACUGGCACAGGACUGCUCCUGAUAUACCAUUUCCAGGGUUCAGUACUCGGGGGGAAUUUCCCAUAGGUCUUGAAACAGUAUCCCCUGCAUGAUGUUCACUAUAAUACUCAGCUCAUUAACCAUUAUGUGCAACAGACCCUUGUAAUCAUGUACCUGAAAGCCAGUGAGAAAUGGUUGGCCCUACACAUAGCAAGUGGAUGUGGUAAAACGUGGUACAGAAGUACUGGCUGCUAGAUUUUUUUACAGAAAAUGUUCAUCAUUCCACCUCAAAUGAAGCACAAGGGGAAAUAUGUUAUGUUGUUUUUAAAGGAGAUAAAGUAUUAUCAGAUGUUAUAAUGUGAAUUUUGAUAAACAAGAGCAGAGGUAUCUGUGGGGCAGUUCUCUGGGAGAAAAAAAAUUAAUGUGCAGUCACAGAUAAAUAUUAGAUCGAGGGGAUUUAGUAAUAAAAGCUUCUCAUUAUUAUGCUUUUAUUUAUUGCCAUAAAUACUUAUUUUAUUCUUAUAUAGUGUAUAUGUGUAGUAUGUAUGUGAUAUAGAGUCCAAUAAAUCUGUGAUUAUAGUUGGAUCAA